CGUUACGUUUUAGUCAGUCAGUUAGAAAACAGCUGAUAGAAAGCAACGUGUCCGACGGUCUCUCCUGUCAGUGUGACGGAGCAAGUUUGAAAAAUUAAAUAUAUUUAUUUUUAUGCUUUUACUUCGUGGUGUUAUAAUGUGACAAUGGCCAAGCGGCCGGGGACCGACGACGGAAUGUUGAUUUCGCCGAACCUCCUCCAGGACUUCACCGUCGAUUUGAACGCUGGGGACGUCGAUAUGGAUUUCAACGGCGGGGUAGAGGAGUUGUCGCUGGAGGAGAUCCUGACACUGUACAGCCAGCCGAUCAACGAGGAGCAGGCGUGGGCUGUUUGCUAUCAAUGCUGCAGGAGUCUGAUCCAGAAAAGCCGGGCGAGGGAUGUCAAGACUGCCGCCGUGUCCGCCGUGAGAAGGAUCGAGGGACCCACCGACGUUCGGAUAGGGAGAGAUGGGACUGUGAAAUUGCACAACGGAGACAGCACAGAUGAAUACAGAUCGGCCCACACGUCAUUAGAGGUAAUUGAGUCAUUGGGCAUCAUGAUCUAUAAAGCUCUGGACUAUGGUCUCAAAGAGAAUGAGGAGCGUGAGCUAAGCCCCCCCCUGGAGCACCUGAUCGACAUGAUGACAAACACCACAGAGACAGAGAGCGACCCCUGCCCCGACGAGGGCUACGAGGCCACUGAGGAGGAAGAUGAGGGUGAGGGGGAUGAAGCUCCUGCCGUUAGUGUCACCACCACCACAGUCAGCAGCAUUCGCAGCUAUCGAGACAUCGUUUUGCUGUGCUCAUCCCACCUGCCCAGCCCAUCAGAUGCCCCCAACCACUACCAGGCGGUGUGCCGUGCCCUUUAUGCUGAGACCAGGGAGUUGCGCACCUUCCUGGAGAAGAUCAAAAGUGCCAAAGAGAACCUACGGAAGAUGGAAGGUGAAACUCGGGAGCCUGUUAAGGACCUUAAUGAGCUGCAAAAUGCUGAUUGGGCACGCUUUUGGGUGCAGGUGAUGCGAGACCUUAGGCAUGGUGUCAAGCUGAAGAAGGUCCAGGAGCGCCAGUACAACCCACUGCCCAUUGAGUACCAGCUUACGCCCUAUGAGAUGCUCAUGGAUGACAUCCGCUCCAAACGUUACAAGCUGCGCAAAGUCAUGGUGAAUGGAGACAUCCCUCCAAGGUUAAAGAAGAGCGCUCAUGAAGUUAUCCUGGAAUUCAUCAGGUCUCGACCUCCCUUAAACCCUGUGUCUGCCCGUAAACUGAAGCCACACCCGCCGCGGCCCCGGAGCCUCCAUGAGCGGCUGCUGGAGGACAUCAAGGCUGAGAGGAAGCUCAGGCCCGUCUCACCCGACAUGAUCCGCAGAAACCGCCUAGGCGCAGGGAAAAGCAUCAGCACCCCUCAGGACUUGUUCCGCAGCUCAGACACACCUGAUGCCCCCAGGAAGUUGGCAGUCAGCACACAAUCUCUAGCCAAUGACAACACAGCGCAGACUCAAGGGGCAGGUGUAUCACAGCCACUGAGCCAGAGGAAAAGGCUACUGAGGGCACCCACACUGGCCGAACUAGACAGCUCUGAAUCUGAUGAGGAUGCCACGCAAAGCAGUUCGAGUAUGUCUACAUCUAUACUGGAAGACACGUCACCGGAAUCCGCCAAGGAAAAAGAUGCGGUCCCAAAGUUCCUACCGGUCUCCUCCGCCACCAACCCAGACAUGUACCAGUCCCCGCCAAGGCGACACACCCUCGACAGGGAGCUCCCAACCAGUGUUCGGCCCUUUGUGGCCCCCUCCAGACAGAACUCAAAGUCUUUGGAGGAGUUCUGCUACCCAGUGGAGUGUCUGACCUUGACAGUGGAGGAAGUGAUGCACAUCAGACAGGUGCUGGUCAAGGCCGAGCUGGAAAAGUUUCAGCAGUACAAGGACAUCUACAGUGCCCUCAAGAAAGGAAAGCUUUGUUUUUCAUGUCGGAACAAGAGGUUCUCCUUAUUUACCUGGUCCUACACCUGCCAGUUUUGCAAACGACCUGUGUGCUCUCAGUGCUGUAAAAAGAUGCGGCUGCCAUCCAAACCCUAUUCCACCUUGCCCAUCUACUCGCUGGGCUCCAGCAGCAUGGCGAAGGAAGAGGCAAGCACAGCCUCAACACCUGCUCAGCCAGAAAAGUCUUCCUUUGGGUCUGGACAUAACCGACACAGCCUGCGAAGGACUGUUUACAAGUUGUCCAAGCACAGCAGCAAGGAGAGCAGUUCGCAGGAUGAGCCGGAGCUCCCCAAGGAACUGACGGAGGACUGGACCACCAUGGAGGUCUGCGUGGACUGUAAAAAGUUCAUCACGGAGAUCAUUUCAUCCAGCAAGCGCAGCCUCUCGCUGGCCACAAAAAGAGCACGCAUCAAUCGCAAAACCCAGUCCUUCUACAUGUCAUCCUCCAGCUCGACCAACUUCAGGCCCGCGGAACGCACCAUUAAUGAGGUGUAGGAAGUAAGAACUGUCACCUAAACUGCUUUUUUGUCCUCCUUUUCCAAAAGGACAUAGAUUGAACCAACUAAGAGAGGGGAAAAGAGAAAAAUAGCCAUCCCGUUCGGUCUGGGUUUCAAGACGAACUGUUAAUUGACAGGUUCACUGCGAUCUUUGCAAAUAGCGAUUAAAGGAGAAUUAAGAAAUAAUAAAACCAAUCCCCAAAUUCGGUGUGGUUCUCCCAGUUUACUGUCUCUCAGGAAAAGGUGGUAUGCUUUUUUUUUGUGUGUGUGAUGACCAUGAAAGACUAGUCCCGCACUGGUUAAGAGCCCUGUUGUAGUACUUGUGAUCACUGGUUAAUAAUGAAGAGCGCCAUUUUUCUAUGAAUGAGUGGCAGUGAUGAUUCAGGGCUUGUUAUUGGUGGGUAUAAUUAAUAUGUUUAGCUGCUGGUGUCACGAAGUCAGAGAAGAAAGUGUAUAUUUGACAUUGGUUAAGAGUGGUAGGAUACAGUGAGUUUUGUAGAUGAAGGUUGAGUGAUGAUUGUGUACAUAGUAUGAAGGCCCCACCCAGAUGUUGGCUGUAAAUACGUUUCUCCAGUUCCUGUUUACUACGAGCACUCAGGAAGAUCAACCGAUUGUCUAUUGACAUAAAUGCACUGUAAAGCCACUAGUCAGGUCUGCUGGGGUGGUUUGCUGCCACCCCCCCACCCUUCUCUUUCCGACAAAGUUAUGCCAGAUGCUAAAUGUUACAUCUUUUUUUUCUUUUCUUUUUUUAGCCUUCAUUAAAUUUAGAAAUUUGUCAAAUACAUAUUUACUAGUCUCUCGGACGAUGAUGAAAGCCGGGGGGCGCAAGAGUGGUCCGAAUGCUUUCCAGGUGGGUUUUAGCCACUUGGGUAUGUGUAUAUUAAAUUCUGUGCCUGGUGCCAAAAUAAUCCCUUUUAUCCAAAUGCCUUUGUAAUUAAAAACUAUUGUGUAUUGUAUAUCUAUCUAUCUAUCUAUCUAUCUAUCUAUCUAUCUAUAUAUAUAUAUAUAUAUAUAUAUAUAUAUAUAGAUAUAGAUAUAGAUAUAUAUAAAGUAUAUGGGUAUGUAUGUAUAAUUAAUGGGGGGAUACUGUGAGGGUCAGUGGCUGGGUUUCUUGCCCUUCUAUAUUCCAAACAAGGUAAAAGAAGCACAGGACUGUGGAGUUAUGAAUGAAUGUGUACACGCUGCAUAUUUACAUUUUUCCAAAUCUUAAAUGUAAUAUAAAAAGAGAAACUUUAAAUGAUUUUAAAAUAUUGGAGAAGUUAUAGUAUGCAAAAGUGUAAAAAUCUCGUGGCAGGAUUUGAGUUUUGUGUAUACAAUGCAUUAAUUUAGAGGUUGAGGGGUUAAUGGAAAAGUUGGCAUUGUGACAGACACUGAAUCAUACCUGGAUUUGGAUUUUAAUACUUUCACAGCGUUGACCAUAAUUUCUCCAUGUUUAAUUUAUGUGUACUUCUUGUCUUAAGUCUCUAUUAGUGUUAUUGUUUGUCAAUGUAAUAAGAUUUUUAUCUUGUAUGUUCUAUGAACUCUGUUAAGAUAUAGAUCUCAAAUAGCACUUUUACAGGAACAAUGUAUUGUUUAUGUUUUUGUCUCAAAAAAAAAUUUUUUUUUUUAAAUUUGUUUUUCAUCUCUUGGCGGGCCACAGUGCCAUUUCCCAUGGAUCAUCAAAGCUGAAGGUUGUGUGAAUGGUUUAAAGUUUUAGAUUUUGGCCAAAAAAAUAAAACUGAAUGUAGGCAAUUUUUAAAUGUGUGGUUUUAUCAUCGGUAUACAGUUUUACAUUUUUCUUUCAAAUGAAUAGUCACACCCGUGCAUGCCCAGCUUGAUAGAAUUCGAUUGUUUUAUGAGUUAAAUGAACGGAAAGCCUCGUCAGCCUGUUGAAGUGAAAUGCCAAACUCCUCCAGUGAGGUAUCUGACCUAUAGUUUUUAGAAGUCUAAAAGGAAUGAAUGGUGUGCAUGUUGUACUGAUGUUUUUUUUAAUGAUAAAUUAAAAUAAAACGAUUGA